AUGCGCCCAACCAUCCCCUCCGCUCUCAUCCUGAUAGGUUGCAGAGCCGUCUUGCGACCCCUACACAACCCCAUCCGUUGCGUCCGUCAGCUACCAGCCACUCCUGUUCUCCAUUCCUCUCCACGCUCUACAACCGCCGCAAAAGUCACCAACUACACUUAUCAACGAAGAACCAUGUCCUCAGCCUCAGCCUCAGGCCGCUACAAACUCGUUUUCUUUGUCCCACAUUCCCAUCUCGAAGCGUGUAAAGAGGCCAUCUUUGCGACCGGGGCAGGGACCUUCCCGGGCGGCAAAUAUACCAAGUGCUGCUUCCAGAUGCCGGGUCAAGGCCAAUUCCUGCCGUCGGAUGAGGCUAAUCCUGCGAUCGGAGCUGCAGGAGCGCUAGAGACGGUGGAGGAGAUGAAGGUCGAAGUGAUGUGUUUCGGUCGGAGCAUCAUGUUGCAGGCGGUAGAUGCACUGAUCAAGGCACAUCCGUAUGAGGAGGUCGCUUAUGAGGUCUAUAAACUUGAGGAUGUAUGA